AUGGAAAAACUACUCAAGCGUCCGGAGAAACUUCGGGGAGCCCCGGAGAGGCGCAGCAAGGACAAGUACUGCCGCUUCCAUCGGGAGCACGGCCACAACACGUCGGACUGCUGGGAAUUGAAGCGCCAAAUUGAAGAUCUAAUUCAAGACGGCUACUUCAAGAAGUUUGUGGGAAAGCCCGGGACUAGCUCAGCAGAGAAAAAGGAGGAGCGAAAGCGUUCUAGAACGCCACCUCGGCGCACCGACCGACCUGCGGUCAUCAACACCAUUUUUGGAGGGCCAAGCGGGGGUCAAUCCGGACAUAAAAGAAAGGAGUUAGCCCGUGCAGCCAGACGCGAGGUGUGCAUCAUCAGGGAGCAGGGGCCGACCUGCCCAAUCACCUUCGACGGUGCAGACUUGGAGGAGGUCCACCUGCCCCACAAUGAUGCCCUUAUGAUUGCUCUCUUGAUUGAUCAUGUGGUGGUUAGGAGAGUGCUGGUAAACGGGGGCGCAUCCGCUAAUAUCCUGUCCUUACCGACCUACCUCGCCUUGGGCUGGACGAGGUCGCAAUUGAGGAGAAGCCCGACGCCGCUGGUUGGAUUCUCUGGAGAAUCGGUCAUCCCAGAGGGCUGUAUCGACUUGCCGGUCACGCUGGGGCAGAACCAAACCCGGAUCACUCAAAUGGCCGAGUUCGUGGUAGUUGACGGUAGAUCGGUCUAUAACGCCAUCUUUGGGAGACCCAUCAUCCACUCCUUUCGAGCCAUUCCUUCAACACUUCAUCAAGUUUUGAAGUAUCCCACCCCCAACGGCGUGGGCACGGUCCGAGGAGAACAAGCCGCUUCGAGGGAGUGUUAUGCCGCCGCACUCAAAGGCCCAUCGGUUUGCGCCCUCGAAACUCUCAGGGAUGGGACGCUCGAGUUCGAGGCCAACCUGCCGAGGAAGGAGUUUGCCGCACCCACUGAGGAGCUCGAGCUUGUUCCUCUGCUUAGUCCCGAGAAGCAGCUGAAUACAUAA